AUGAAGUGCUUCUGCUCAAUUGCUGCUGUUGCGGCCCUCGCGGCAGGCGUCUCUGCGCAGACUUUCCGUCGCCUGGGAGCUUGCCCAACGCUCGACUUUUUGGCUGGACAGUUCUUCGAUGUUCGUCUCGAGGUCCACCAGCCAAGGAACGGAUCUGAAUUCAUUGGACUCCCCUUGGACGAGCGCUUCACAUUCACCGUCGCUAAGAAGGGUGCUGCCGCCAAGCCCGCCACUGAAUACUUCAAGCUCGAGGAGCCUGAAUUGGAGAAAUGGAACUUCACUUUCUAUGAGGAUCUUUUCGCCCGCGACGCUAAGAAGCCAACUCUGGUCAACGUUGCCGCAAAAGCCUACCGUCGCGUGGCUCUCUACGAGCCUGGAGAGUACACCGCGACCCUCAACUACAACAACGGCAGCAAGACCGAGGCCACAUGGAAUGUUCGCUCUCUUGAGCAGGAGCGCAAGGCCAAGAACAUCAUCCUCUUCAUUGGCGAUGGUAUGACUACAAACAUGAUCACGGCCGCACGCCUGAUCGGACACAAGACCAUCAACGGAAAGUACCAGACCACCAUGGCCAUGGACAAGUUCCCCGUGCUUGGUCACCAGAUGACCCACUCCAUUGACAGCUUCAUCACCGAUUCUGCCAACUCCGCCGCUGCGCUUAACACUGGACACAAGAGCACUGUCAACUGCUUGAACGUCUAUGCCGACUCUAGCCCCAGCCCAUACGAUGAUCCGAAGGUCGAGACCAUUGCUGAGAUGUUCCACCGUCUCACUGGUGGACACAUCGGAAUCGUUUCUACUGCCUUCAUUGCUGAUGCAACUCCCGCUGCCUUGGUUGCUCACACCCGAGCCAGAUCUACCUACGGACAAAUCGUGGACACUUUCCUUAACGGUCUCCAGAAUUACACUUGGACAAAUGUUCCAAUUGAUGUCAUUUUUGGUGGUGGUGCGGAGCAAUUCUACCCUCCUUCGCUCGGUGGUGUUACCUACCAGAACAAGGAUUACUAUGCAGAGUUUGCGAAGAAAGACUACCAGAUUGUCCUGAACCGUACUUCCAUGCUGAGCGCUCCCAACACAGAGAAGACUCUUGGUAUGUUUUCGACCUCCAACAUGGCCAAGUGGCUCGAUCGCAAUGUCUACCGCCAGAACUUGAACAAGACUCUUUCUCCCACUGGUGACAAGACCCCUGCUCUUGAUCAGCCAGGCCUCAAGGACAUGACCCUCAAGGCCAUUGACAUCCUCGAGGCUCGCUCCGGCAAGGAGGGUUGGUUCUUGAUGUCUGAGGCCGCAAGUAUCGAUAAGAUGAUGCACGUCCUUGACUACGACCGUGCUCUUGGUGAGCUCCUCGAGCUCGACGACACCAUCAAGGCUACCAUUGCCCACCUGAACAGCACCGACUGUCUCAAGGAGACUCUCAUCCUCGUCACAGCUGACCACGGUCACGGUUUCGACGUCAUGGGUUCAGUCGACACCCACUACCUCGCUGCUCAGAAUGUCGACCGCAAGAAGCGCGACGCAAUCGGCACCUACGAGCAGUCCGGUCUCUCCCAGUACAUCAACACCGGCAACCUUACCUACACUGACAGCAACUUCCCCUCAAACUGGGACCCCCGCUACACCCUUUUCCAGGGUUUAAUGGCCGACCCUGACCGCCGCGAGAACUGGUCCGUAAAGAAGAACGGCCCUCGCACGCCUGCUAGGGCCGCGAACGGCUCCAGCGACUAUUACGCCAACCCAACUGACUCCCCUGGAGGCAUUCUGCUUAACGGUACUCUUCCUGUCGAGAACGACCAAGGUGUUCACUCACUCACUGACGUGCCUGUCUUUGCCAUGGGCCCAUGUGCGAGCAAAUUUGGAGGGGUUUACAACAGCCCGGACAUCUUCUUCCAGAUGGCGGAGUGUUUUGGUCUUGCCCGUAGUUCUCCUCCCAAGAACGGGACAGCUUAG